AUGAAAAAUGCCAAAUCUUGUGACACGCCCGCAAGUAGCGAUUCAAAGUCGAUACAGGAAACUGCCCAGGAAAAGGAAUAUCCCCAUAGGGAAGCACUGGGAAGUUUACUGUACCUGUCUACCAGAACCAGACCAGAUAUCGCACAAGCGGUCAAUCUAGUUAGCAGGAAGGUAGAAAACUCCACUAGAGAAGACGUCACAAAAGUCAAGAAAAUAUUCAAAUAUUUAGUGGGAACCAAAGAGAAAGGCAUUUUGUUCAAACGAAAUAAACCGAUAGAGAAUAUCGAUAGUUACAGAGACUCGGAUGAUGCUGGAGAUCCAAAACGCAAAGAAGCACUUCUGGCUCCGUGCUAA